UACAAUUGGUUCUGGUGCUACAGUAGAAGUAACACUUCAAGAUAAUACAAGAUAAGUAAUGGCUCCCCUAGAUUAGGUCUUUGUACAAAGAAACAAUGUUUUCUCACCCCCUGUUUCACCCAAGUGGUAUGUUCUUCCUGUAGGGGGUGGGGAGACUGAAGUGGGACGUUUGUUGAAGAGGAACCAUAUGGUUUUCAGCAUGAAUGAGAUCUACUCGACUUUGCUGUGCCUGCUUGAACUCUUUUGGGGGAUUUAAGGAACCUUUUACUCGAGUUUUGACGUCCAUCAGAAAAGUAGGCUUCAAUGUCCUGGAUUAUUUAAUGAGUGGUCGGAUUGAAUAUCAGCAACUACUUGGGAAAAAUGAACUGGAGGCUAAAGAAGCUUGUGAUUGGCUGCGGGCAGCUGGAUUUCCGCAAUACGCUCAGCUGUAUGAAGCCUCACGUCUGCCCUUAGACAUCUCCUCUGUGAAAAAGGAUCAUGCGUUUUUGGACCAGGAUUCACUGAAGUCGCUAUGCAGGAGGCUGUCAACGCUAAACAAGUGUGCCUCUAUGAGGCUGGAAGUCCACUUUAAGUGCAAACAGAGCGAAGACUCUGAAGAGGAUGACCUCUGCGCCAUCAGCGACCGCUGGACCUUCCAGCGCGAGAGUAAAACCUGGUCCAGGUUACGGACCCUCUCGCCCCACGUCGCCCCCGGUGGCGUGGAGGACAUGUCGCCCCGCAGGCCCAUGCGGGCGUCCGCCAGCAGCGAGAGCCUCCUGAGUGACUUCAGCAACCUGGAUGUGACAUCAGAGGAUGUGACAUCAGAGCACAGCAGCGGCAGCAGCCUGAGUGUGGAGAGCUCCAGGGGCUCCGCACCCAGCAGGAGAGACCCAGCACAGACCCCCCCAAGCCCAAAACCCUCCACCCUCUCCUCCCGGGACCCCCACGUCCACAGCGGAGCCACCCAGGGCAGGGACGAAAAGCCUGAUUCCCCCAAAGACCCAGUUUCCACGAGCAGAGAGAAGCCGAAGAGGUGUUCGAAGACCUUCCUGAGGAAGAUUGAGUCGUUUAAGAGGAAGGAUAGAGAAAAGGAUGCAGCCAAAGUGACACAUGACCAAAACGCUCCUCCCAGCCUGCAGUGCACUCCCGAUGAAAGCCUCCCUGGUUUGAAAAAGCGCGGCACAAACAGAAUCUGGGUCAACGACAGCAGGAAAGCCCACACAAUCUGUCGAUCGACAGCCCGGAGGUCUCCCGUAGAGGAGAGGGAGAAGGCCAAGAGCACCUGGCUGUAUCUGGAGGACUAUGACGUUGGAGGCAAGUCUACCAAGCAGGCGGGUAAGAAGAGUCCACACAGAAACGGCCUGGAGGGUUUUCUGGUUCACCUUCCCACCGACCACAAGCCAGGAACCUUCCCCAGGUCCCUCUCCAUCGAGAGCUUCUGUCCUACCUCCAGGGAGCUGGGCGACUGGCAGGCGGAGGACCCCAACCUCUCCAUGGGCAGCAGUCAAGGCUCCCAGGACUUCUCCCUGUUCCCCAGGAGGAGAGACUCCUGCGGCUCCGUGGGGAGCGUCUACGACAACGUCCCGGAGGCUAGCGGGAGUUCGGACGAGCUGUUCGGCAGCGGCGGAGAGACGGUGUUCGAACACCUGGACGAGAUCCUGCAGCACGUCCACGGGCUUCAGCAGAAUGUGGACCAGUGGUCCAAGAGAGUGUGCAAGGAGCUCAGCAACAGCCACGAGGAAGAAGACGUCGAUGACGCCAGAGAAACGACCGUUUCCUCCGGCCUCCAUUUUGAGGAUCAGGAGGAGCAGUCCAUGUCGGAUGUGGGCACCACGGCGAGCGAUUACGACAGCACGGGAAACUCCCUGAAUGAGGCGGAGGACGGGGACGCGAGAGAGAGGAGGGACUCUGGUGUCGGAGCGUCGUUGACCAGACCCAGCAGGAAGCUGCGAUGGCAUAGCUUCCAGAACUCUCACAGGCCCAGCCUGACCUCCGCAUCUCAGGAGAUCAACAGGCAGUCGGCCGCUCAGCUGAACCUCCUGCAGAAGUUCUCCCUCCUCCGUCUGACGGCCAUCAUGGAGAAGUACUGUGACGUCAACAAGCCCGGCUGGAGCUGGUCCAUCCCUAAGUUCAUGAAGAGGAGCAAGGCUCCUGACUACAGGGACAAGCAGGUGUUUGCUGUCCCUCCCAUCAUCCACGUCCAGAGGACUGGGCAGCCAUUACCACAGAGCAUUCAGCAGGCCAUGCGCUACCUCCGCAGUCAGUGUCUGGGAAAGGUUGGCAUUUUCCGCAAGUCAGGGGUGAAGUCCCGGAUCCAGACCCUGCGCCAGCUGAACGAGCACUCCCCAGACCAUGUGACCUACCAGGGCCAAUCAGCGUACGACGUGGCCGACCUGCUGAAGCAGUACUUCAGAGACCUGCCUGAGCCCGUCCUCACCUCCAAGCUGACAGAGACCUUCCUGCAGAUCUACCAGUACGUCCCUAAGGAGCAGCGUCUGCAGGCGGCGCAGGCGGCGGUGAUCCUGCUGCCAGACGAGAACCGCGAAGUGCUCCAGACCCUGCUGUACUUCCUCAGCGACAUCGCCUCCGCCCAGGAGAACCAGAUGACAGCUGGGAACCUGGCGGUGUGCCUCGCGCCCUCCAUCCUCCACCUCAACGUGUCCAAGAAGGAGGGCACCUCGCCCAGGUUAAUCAGCCGGCGAGGCGCAGGGGUCAAACCAGACCACAAGGACCUAAGUGAAAACAUGGCCGCCACUCAAGGACUCAGCCACAUGAUCGUGGAUUGCAAGAAAUUAUUCCAGAUCCCUCACGAGAUGAUGCUGCAGUCGCGUAACUCGUACAUAGCGGCGGACGCCCAGCCCCUCCCGCUGCACGGCCUGGGCCUCAACUUGCUGGGAGAGCCGGUGGACUACCGCGCCUACUUGGAGGACAACAUCCAGACACUGCUGAGGGAGGCCGCGGAGAAAAGCAGAGGCUGGCACAGCGCCCAAGGACCGGAAAACACAGAGCUCUCCUACAAGAAGGUGGGGCACGGCCAUCCAAUCAGAUUGUGGAGAGUCUCCACGGAGAUCGAGGCCCCGCCCCAGACGGUCCUUCACCGAGUUCUGCGAGAGCGCCACCUGUGGGACGACGACCUGCUGCACGGCCGCGUGGUGGAGGAGCUGGGGGACGACACGGAGGUGUACCACUACGUCACAGACAGCAUGGCACCCCUCCCUCGCAGGGACUUUGUGGUGCUGAGGAGGUGGUGUUGCGGCCUCCCCAGAGGCCUGUGUCUUCUGGUGUCGUCAUCGGUCGACCACGAGGACGUGCACCUGGACUGUGGCCUGCGGGCCGUCCUCCUCACCUCCCGCAUCCUGAUCGAGCCCCUGGGACCUGGGCGCUCCCGCCUCACACACUACUGCAGGGCUGACCUCAGGGGGCGAUCACCCGAGUGGUACAACAAAGUGUUUGGACACCUUUGUGCCGUGGAUGUUGCUAGGAUACGAGGAUCCUUCCCUGUGCUCCUGGUCCAUGGAACGGAGACCAAGCUCUGAAACAACCACGGCUUCGUCAGGACUUCAUCUGCGGAAAACCUGCUGCGUCUGUUAGGUCUGUCCUCAUCUUAGAGAGAUUGUUGGACCAUCGCUAAGAGUGCACAGACGCAGUGUGGUGGGUGAUUGCAUUGGUCUCUGAUCUGAUUGCCUUCAUUAAAUCCAAAUCAAGAUGGAAAUAGAAAGCACUGAUUUAAAUUAUAUAAAGUACUGUACCAAGUUAAGUGCUUUUAGUUGUAGUGAAUUAAAGUGCAUCAGAGAUUAUUUUUCUCCUCUAUGGAAAAUCCAUCCUCAGGAAAAUAAAAAAAAUUAUAUACAGGAAAGUAAGGACAAUCGUUACAACAGCUUUACUUACUCUAUCUGCAUAUUGUUUCCCAUGAGAGUGCUGCUGUGGAAUCAUCAAGCCAUUGAAUGUUUUGAGGUGAAACCUGCUUCCCUCAACUCAGGUGAGCGGAGGAGCCGUCCUGGCUCCUGUGCUGUCUGCUAUGCAUUUUCACUCCUGGUAAAUUCUCCAAUAAUAUAUUGUGCUCAUGUGACCAGGUGCAUUGCGAAUGGCACCGUAACAUGUCAUUUUCACAUCUAGAAUGUGUCUGAGGUCUUGGAGUGUGCAUGAUGCAGUCAUCAAGGUGUAUUUAGAGGUGGUUGUGUUUGUCUGAGUUUUCUGCUCCUGUUCUGCCCUGGUUUCGCUGUUCCUUUCCUCAAGUGCUCAUCAUCAUCACUGUUCUCUGGACACCUUCAUUGUCUAGCUUUGUACUCUAUCUUUUUGUGAUUCGUCUGUCGAGAACAUCUCUCCUAAUAACAAUCUCAAAUGGCUCAGUCAGUGAUGGCUGAGAGAUGAUUGGUCCCAAUCAGAUCUCCUUAGGGUGAUCAUCAUCCUCUGUUGUCAAAGGAUGGGAGGAUAAAACACAGAUAUGGUGUACCAUAUAUAGGGGCAGCACUACAGUAUAUUCUUAUGCUUGUCAAAGCCUUAACCUUUUUGAAAGACACUUUUGCAGGCUCACUCACUUGUCUUUGCAAUAUUAGUAUAUUUGAUUUUCUAUGUUAUCAAUGUUUUAUUUAUGUCUGUUUGUGUCCUUAUGAUGACUGUCUUUCAGUCAGGCAUUAUGCACAGGAUUUGUGCAGUGGGAGGCAGUGCAAUGAUCGAAUGCUUUUCCGCUAAUGUUUUAUUCUGACUACGUGCUUUGUUACACAAAUGUCUCAUUCGCUUCUAUCUUACCACAGAAUAAUUACCACAGGGAACAAUUUUAGGUAGGAGAAAAAUAGAAAUAAACUAAAGUUGUAUAUAUUUUUUAUGGAUUGCAGUCUUAUUAUAACCUUUGUACUUACAGUUGAAACGGACAUUUCUUUGUUUAAGGUAUGUUUUUUCUUAAUUUACUACCUAUUUGUAUUAUGCUUCUCUCAAUGUACACAGCUAAAUCAAUAAACUUUUUGUAUUAAUCAAUGUGUCUGGAGGGUUGAGCUGUGUUGCAUAUGAUGUACAGCUCCUGCUUGUACCACCUUCUGCUGUCUGUGCUGUCUGUGCUGUGUGUCUGUGCUGUGUCUGUGCUGUGUGUCUGUGCUGUCUGGUUCCUGCCACAACUAAAGGCCAGGACCGGCUGUCUAGUUCAUUCAAUAAAUCAGCUGACGUCA